AUGAUGGGUUGCAUGAUUGGCGGCGCUACUGGCGUGCUCAUUGGAGGAUUUUCUGCAUUCCGAAUGGGAUUGAGAGGGAAAGAAAUGCUAAUUCAGACCGGAAAAAUUGUGGCACAAUCAGGCGGUUCAUUUGGAAUUUUCAUGUCAGUUGCACAAGGACUUCGGUGUUAG